AUGAGGUAUGCCUUCUCAGAGGACGGUGGCCCAACCAUCAUCCCCAAACCAGAUCCCAACAUUCCUAUUGGUCAGCGAGACGGCCCCAGUGAGCCCAGGUCAGUUCAGCAGGGAGCCCAGGUCAGUUCAGCAGGGAGCCCAGGUCAGUUCAGCUGGGAGCCCAGGUCAGUUCAGGUCAGUUCAGCUGGGGGCCCAGGUCAGUUCAGCAGGGAGCCCAGGUCAGUUCAGCUGGGAGCCCAGGUCAGUUCAGGUCAGUUCAGCUGGGAGCCCAGGUCAGUUCAGCUGGGAGCCCAGGUCAGUUCAGGUCAGUUCAGCUGGGGGCCCAGGUCAGUUCAGCAGGGAGCCCAGGUCAGUUCAGCUGGGAGCCCAGGUCAGUUCAGCUGGGGGCCCAGGUCAGUUCAGCUGGGAGCCCAGGUCAGUUCAGCAGGGAGCCCAGGUCAGUUCAGCAGGGAGCCCAGGUCAGUUCAGGUCAGUUCAGCUGGGAGCCCAGGUCAGUUCAGCAGGGGGCCCAGGUCAGUUCAGCAGGGAGCCCAGGUCAGUUCAGCAGGGAGCCCAGGUCAGUUCAGCAGGGAGCCCAGGUCAGUUCAGCUAGGAGCCCAGGUCAGUUCAGCUGGGAGCCCAGGUCAGUUCAGCAGGGAGCCCAGGUCAGUUCAGGUCAGUUCAGCUGGGAGCCCAGGUCAGUUCAGCUGGGGAGCCCAGGUCAGUUCAGCAGGGAGCCCAGGUCAGUUCAGCUGGGAGCCCAGGUCAGUUCAGCUGGGAGCCCAGGUCAGUUCAGGUCAGUUCAGCUGGGAGCCCAGGUCAGUUCAGCAGGGAGCCCAGGUCAGUUCAGGUCAGUUCAGCUGGGAGCCCAGGUCAGUUCAGCUGGGAGCCCAGGUCAGUUCAGCAGGGAGCCCAGGUCAGUUCAGCAGGGAGCCCAGGUCAGUUCAGCUAGGAGCCCAGGUCAGUUCAGCUGGGAGCCCAGGUCAGUUCAGCAGGGAGCCCAGGUCAGUUCAGCUGGGGAGCCCAGGUCAGUUCAGCAGGGAGCCCAGGUCAGUUCAGCUGGGAGCCCAGGUCAGUUCAGCUGGGAGCCCAGGUCAGUUCAGCUGGGGAGCCCAGGUCAGUUCAGCUGGGAGCCCAGGUCAGUUCAGGUCAGUUCAGCUGGGGGCCCAGGUCAGUUCAGCUGGGAGCCCAGGUCAGUUCAGGUCAGUUCAGCAGGGAGCCCAGGUCAGUUCAGCUGGGAGCCCAGGUCAGUUCAGCAGGGAGCCCAGGUCAGUUCAGCUGGGAGCCCAGGUCAGUUCAGGUCAGUUCAGCAGGGAGCCCAGGUCAGUUCAGCAGGGAGCCCAGGUCAGUCCAGGUCAGUUCAGCAGGGAGCCCAGGUCAGUUCAGCUGGGAGCCCAGGUCAGUUCAGCUGGGGGCCCAGGUCAGUUCAGCAGGGAGCCCAGGUCAGUUCAGCAGGGAGCCCAGGUCAGUUCAGCUGGGAGCCCAGGUCAGUUCAGCAGGGAGCCCAGGUCAGUUCAGCAGGGAGCCCAGGUCAGUUCAGCAGGGGCCCAGGUCAGUUCAGCUGGGAGGUCAGUUCAGCUGGGGGCCCAGGUCAGUUCAGCUGGGGAGCCCAGGUCAGUUCAGCAGGGAGCCCAGGUCAGUUCAGCUGGGAGCCCAGGUCAGUUCAGCUGGGAGCCCAGGUCAGUUCAGGUCAGUUCAGCUGGGGGCCCAGGUCAGUUCAGCUGGGGGCCCAGGUCAGUUCAGCUGGGGAGCCCAGGUCAGUUCAGCUGGGAGCCCAGGUCAGUUCAGGUCAGUUCAGCUGGGGGCCCAGGUCAGUUCAGCUGGGAGCCCAGGUCAGUUCAGGUCAGUUCAGCUGGGGGCCCAGGUCAGUUCAGCUGGGAGCCCAGGUCAGUUCAGCUGGGAGCCCAGGUCAGUUCAGCUGGGAGCCCAGGUCUGUUCAGCAGGGAGCCCAGGUCAGUUCAGCUAGGAGCCCAGGUCAGUUCAGGUCAGUUCAGCUGGGGGCCCAGGUCAGUUCAGCUGGGAGCCCAGGUCAGUUCAGCAGGGAGCCCAGGUCAGUUCAGCAGGGAGCCCAGGUCAGUUCAGCUGGGAGCCCAGGUCAGUUCAGCUGGGACUCCAGGUCAGUUCAGCUGGGAGCCCAGGUCAGUUCAGGUCAGUUCAGCAGGGAGCCCAGGUCAGUUCAGCUGGGAGCCCAGGUCAGUUCAGCUGGGAGCCCAGGUCAGUUCAGCAGGGAGCCCAGGUCAGUUCAGCUGGGAGCCCAGGUCAGUUCAGCUGGGAGCCCAGGUCAGUUCAGCUAGGAGCCCAGGUCAGUUCAGGUCAGUUCAGCUGGGAGCCCAGGUCAGUUCAGCUGGGAGCCCAGGUCAGUUCAGCUGGGAGCCCAGGUCAGUUCAGGUCAGUUCAGCUGGGAGCCCAGGUCAGUUCAGCAGGGAGCCCAGGUCAGUUCAGCUGGGGAGCCCAGGUCAGUUCAGCUGGGAGCCCAGGUCAGUUCAGCUAGGAGCCCAGGUCAGUUCAGGUCAGUUCAGCUGGGAGCCCAGGUCAGUUCAGGUCAGUUCAGCAGGGAGCCCAGGUCAGUUCAGCUGGGAGCCCAGAUCAGUUCAGCAGGGAGCCCAGGUCAGUUCAGCUGGGAGCCCAGGUCAGUUCAGGUCAGUUCAGCUGGGAGCCCAGGUCAGUUCAGCAGGGAGCCUAGGUCAGUUCAGCUGGGGAGCCCAGGUCAGUUCAGCUGGGAGCCCAGGUCAGUUCAGCUAG